UAUUGAUACUGCUUUUGAAUUAGUCAAUAAAAAGACAAAAGUUCUACAUGCACUUGUUAAUAAUGCUGGUAUUGGUUCAGGAGGAUAUAUUGAUUGGAUCUCAAUGCAAACGAUGCGUAAAAUAAUGGAUGUAAAUUAUUUUGGACAUGUUACUAUGACGAAAACGUUUCUUCCAUUACUGAUUGCUAAACGUGAUUCACGUGUCAUUAAUAUUUGUUCAGUAAUGGGAUAUACAAGUCCACCAGGAAUGUCGUCAUACUGUGCAUCAAAAUAUGCAUUUGAAUCAUUUAGUGAUUGCCUGCGACGUGAAAUGUUUGCUUGGGGUUUAAAAGUUUGCAUUAUUGAACCUGGCUGGCUUCGAACACCGAUUAUUGAAGGUCACGAACGUUUAGUACGAGAUUUAUGGGAUGAACAACCAAUAGAUAUACGCAAAAGAUGGGGUGAUGAAUUUUUGAAUGAUUUAAUUAAAAAAUCAAUAACAGAAAAUAUAUGCAUUAGAAAUGCUGAAGAUCCGAUGAAAGUAAUACGAGCACUACAACAUGCAGUUAUUAGCAGUAAACCUCGUAUUCGAUAUCGUCCAGAUUUACAAUCAAAAUUCUUAUUUUAUCCAUUGUCUAUGUUUCCAGAUUGGUUACUGGAUAUUCUUAUGUCUAAACUAGUUGGCUCAUCUAUUCUUCCUGCUGGUAUUAAUAACCAGAUUACAAACUAA